AUGCCUCCCACCACAGCGCUGCGCAUCGGUACGCCAGACCGCCGCCUCACACCUGUCUCACGGAGAGAACAGAGCAACACACCUACGCGGCAUUUUAGUGCGGAACGGUCGAAGUUCUGUGGGAAAUCUGUUAGCGCUAACAGCACACAGGUGUGCAGUGCUGCUAAGGACCGUAGCAGUACGAGGAAUAACGCAAAGACAGAUGGACCGCUGCGGAGCUCCGCCUUAUUUGGUGAUCGACCUGCCGCUGCCACGACCAUGUGCCACACACGCAGCAUAUACACUCCGCCCCCGACAAACCCGAAGCAGGCAGAAAAGUUCUGGAAUAACAUGUGGGAGAGCAACGCGCGGAUGACUGAAAUGCACGAAAAGAUUUGCCAGAGUAAAGGUAUCGUUCUUCGCCCCAAAAAAGCAUCGGAUUCUUGUAUCUCAGAGAGUACGGCGGAGCGAUGCGGCAGUUCCACGAAGCAGAGAGCAGGAAGUUCUCAGCCGACGCUGACGCGGGUGCGAAACACAUCUUCUACCGCGUGCCGGCGGGCGCCAUCCAGCGAGAAUGCUCGACGAACGCCCUCCCCACUCGUUCGCCGAAGGCCUGAGACCCCGGAUCAAAAGAGGGUCAACGGCUACGCGCACACUCCAGCUACUCAUGCUCCUGCUGCUGCUGGAGCUGCUGCUUCCGCCAACCGCGGCGCAAAGGCCAGGGGUGUGAGAAAUGGGCCAGGUGAGUGGCCGAUGACGUCAGGAGCAGCAAAAACGCGACAGCGGCCUACCAUCUCCGCUGCAGCAGGUGCUGCUGCCGCAACGAGAGUAAAGACGAACGGAACCUCUGCGGUUGCAGAGUCUCGCAUUCGACGCAGCAAUGGCCCACUGCAUCGCACACAAACCCAGCGUCCGCAUGUUGGUGACACACCUGUACGGGCCUCAGGCGGGAGCAUGUCGGGGGGCGCGUCUCCCAAAACCAUCUCCUCGCGGCGUAUGAAUUGGCGGACGGAAACGGCACCGUACCUCGAAGGGAGUGGCGGUGAACAAUCGAGGGGGUGCUCACCGAAGAAGCUGCAGUACGAGCAAUGUGACUCCCUUCGCGACGUGGUGUAG